AUCAGUAUCAAAAAUCACUGAGAGAUUAUUUAAUGUAUGGUGAAGACAAGACAUGUGGUACUCUGAUGGAGUAAGCUGAUAUCUAUUUAAGACUGACCGGCGCCACUCACGUCGGAGGCGAAUAACGCGUCGUCGUCGUUGCCGUUGGGGGAGGCGGGAUUAUUUUCAGAUCCAAAAUCACCAUCUCCAUUCAACGAAUGUUGAGUCGGGGGAUGGGCCUCAGAGAUAUUGUCGUCGCUCAUGAAGACAUCGGCCAUGAAUUGAUUGAUGGUUUAAGGGAGCGAGUGAUGAGAGCUUUUUCUUCUUCAGAGAAGAGUCAAAAGCUUAUGGUUACGGAGUCAAAAGAUAUCGUCUUUCUUUCUUAUUAUAUAGAUUCCAUUCCAUUGGGCAUUUGAUCUGUUUCUCAGGUUGUGAUGGAGACUUGGGGUUAAACUGGUCAGCUUGUUCAGGAAGAGUUGGUUAUCUAUGGGCUUGUCUCUUUGUGAACAAAUGUGUUGGUGCAGAAACUUUGUCUUCAACUACCAUUAAUAAGUGUGCUGCGCCAAGUUACUGAGGAGAUUAUCAAGGAAGGUAGAUCAAUGGCUAAGAAUGGAAACUCGCCCCUUAUGUUUCAAUGGUAUGGCCAAAGGUACUGGGGCGCAGCACAUGGGCUUGCUGGUAUCAUGCAUGUCUUGAUGGAUGUUCAGCUGAAGCCAGACGUGGCAGAGGAUGUGCGGGGAACCCUUAAGUAUAUCAUCAACAAUCGGUUUCCAAAUGGAAACUACCCUGCUAGUGAAGAGGAUAGGAGAAGAGAUUUUCUUGUGCAUUGGUGUCAUGGAGCUCCCGGGACGCUUGUGAAGGCAGCUGAGGUUUUUGGGGAGAGAGAGUUUCUGGAGGCUGGUGAAGCUGCAGCAGAGGUGGUUUGGAACCGUGGAUUGCUCAAGCAGGUGGGGAUCUGUCAUGGGAUCAGUGGCAAUGCAUAUGUUUCUCUCUCCCUUUACAGAGCUACUGGACGGAACGAGUAUCUGCACCAGGCAAAAGCCUUCGCCAGCUUUCUGCUUGACAGAGGCCACAAGCUACUCUCAAAAGGAGAAAUGCACGGAGGUGAUAGUCCUUAUUCCUUGUUUGAAGGCGUUGGAGGGAUGUCCUAUCUCUUCCUUGACAUGGUCGACCCGUCGCAGGCCAGGUUCCCAGGUUACGAGCUUUGAAGUGUUAGAUCGAUAAAGUAUCUUUGCUCUUCGAAUCCUACUUUUGUAAGCAAUAAAGUAGACACAAGGGUAGUCAUGUGGUGUUUUUAUUUUAGUAAAAGCAAAAUGAUGGUGUUGUUUGAUAGUGAAUUAGUCAGAGUUGAUAUGUCUAGUGAAAAUGUGCGGAGGUGUCUCUGGAAACUGUUUUUAACUGUAUGAAUGUUAGCGUGAGGUCGUGAAA